AUGUGUUCAUCGAAACAAUUUGUUGGUCGUGAUUGUCGGCGUCGCUGUACACAGUGUUAUUAUACCACUCUCCUCUCCGAUUCUGUCUUCGUCUGUACAAAGCAUCCGGAAGAAGAGUCAUACAUCGGGAUAAAGAUGGGGGAUUUAAAAACGGAGUAUCAUCGACAACAGUUGAUGGCAACGGUUGGGGAUCAACCUCCCACUGCUGAGGCAAUCCCAUGCAAUGUGACGGGAGUGUGGCGAAAUGAGCUGGGCUCUGUGCUUGAUAUUGAGGCGGUCGGUUCUGAGCUCCGAGGCCGUUAUCAGAGUGCAGUGGAGACUGCUCCAGGAGUCACGGGUCCAGAACACCAGGCCAAGCUACUGGGGGUGACUAGUAAUCAGGGUCUGCAAACCUCUGUGGCUUUCUCUGUGUUAUGGGAGGCAGGUUCCUGUAGCUCUUGGGUUGGUCAGUGUUUCCAACUGCCUGAUGGGAAGCGAGUGCUGAAGACCGUGUGGAUGCUGCGCUCUGUGGCUUCAUGCCUUGCAGACAACUGGAAGAGUACCAGGAUGGGAGAGGAUAUGUUCGUCUUCAUUUCCUGA